AUGCAUCUAUCGUGGAUUGUCAUAACAUUUUCUUUAUUUUUAGCGGGGCCAACAAAUUCAAAGAAAAAAGAUUUGUUGAAGUCCUCCACAGAUUUGUUAGAAAAGGAAAGCAAACGUCUGAAAUCUUCCAAAUCUGGUUGUUCACUCAAAGCAAUAAAUGCAAGAGCAAUAGAUUAUCUAAGGAUCAAUAAUGAGUAUGAAAAAGCCAUUCCCUGUUUAAUCCAAGUCCUGCAGGAGUCUGGCUCACAGACUGACAGUUGGUUAUGGGCAUCAUUGGGCCAUGUGUAUCAAAACUUGCAAAAGACAGCACUGGCUACCAGCAGCUUCAAGCAAGCCUCAAAACUCCUAGGGAAAGUCAGCAGCUUUAUUAAAGAAUGGCAUUUCCUUGGGCCCUUCGUCAUUGGAAAGAUGGAAGUUGAUGGAGACCCUGUGGCAGCUAUGGGAGGAAUUGCAAAUGUCUCAGUACACAGAUAUAAAAAAGGGUGGAAAAUGUUCUCUGAAUUGAUCUCUGAUGGUGAGGUGAGAUGGCAGACACAUAUACAGAAAGCUCCAGGUCAGAUAUUACAGAUCUCUCCUGAUGUCAAAUGGGGAGAGUUGGUCAACUCACUGGGGUCUGUGGGCAUCACAGAGUGGCAGGGUUGGCUGGUUGGGGAGUUUGCAGUGACAGAGAAUGGUCAGAAUAUAUUAUUGCAAUGUGAAGGCGUAAAUACAGUAUUAGUGGAUGGGUUGCCUGUUGUUGGGGAUGUUUAUCACAGAGAAAAAUUUUGGUUUUCUGUUCAGUUGGAGAGAGGAAUACACACAAUAUAUAUAAGGUUGAGAACUAAAGCUGUCCAGAAUGUCAAGUGUGAGAUCAAGGUAACAACAUCAAGUUUUGAUAUUUUAAAGCCUCACUUCUUGCCUGAUUUAAUUGAUGGGUAUCUGUUUACUGGUUACAUUCCACUGCCUAUUGUAAACACACAUUCUACUAAAUGGUUAAAAAAUAUAAAGAUAACAGUACAAGAACAGUCUGAUGGGUCAGACCUGUCUGUGGCCAGUCCCCACAUUCCAUAUGACAUUGCACCUGGACAGGCCAUGCCUAUUGUGAUCAAACUCAUUUCAAAUGAAGCUGAAAUUGUUGAAGAAUGUAUUGAUAUCAUGUUGAAACUCAAAGUGUCAACCUCUGAGGGACAGCUGCUAUAUCCAGUCACUCUGCGGUGUAGAAGACAGAGAGAGUCCUUCUUGUUUACUUUUGUGGACCACGAUGGCUCAGUCCAGCAUGCAGCUGCCAUACAACCUCUGCGAGAUUGUGAGGGAGGAGUAUGUCCUGUGUUGCUCACAUUACAUGGCACUACUGUCCCUCCACAGAACCAGGCUGACAGCUAUAAAAGGAUGAGCAAUGGCAAGUUUAUAUUUGGACUGGAGAAAGCAUGGGUCUUGGCACCAACAAGACAUGGUGCUCACAACUGGGAAGGACCUGGUGCUCUGACUGCAAUGACAGCUCUCAACCAAUUGGAAGAUCUGCUGAAGGGCUCAAAAAUAUUCAGAAACCUUGCAAGCAAGAACCAUGUUAUAUUUGCAGGUCACUCUAUGGGAGGUCACGGAGCCUGGCAUUUGUCCACACAUUUUCCUGACUAUGCCCUCGCUGUGAUAUCUCUGGCUGGGUGGAUUAAGAAGGAAGAGUAUGGAGAUAGCAACUUGUUCUUUAGACAUGAUAUUGCCACCAGUCACGUUGACCCAGCAGUGAAGUCUGUGAUGGAAGCAUGUAUAAGUGAGAAUGAUGCUGACCGACAUGCAUCAAAUCUCAAGGGUGUUCCUGUGCUCCUCCGUAUAGGCGCCAUGGAUAAAACUGUGCAUCCAUAUUUUGUGCGGCGUAUGUACAGGAUUCUCCAGGAGUCUGGAGUGGCAGUAGAAUACAAGGAAAUACCAGGCAAAGAACACUGGUGGUGGGAUACACGGGAGACAAAUGAUGGUGGGGCUGUGAAUGACAAACAGCUCAGGGAUUUCACAUCAAAGUAUGCAUCAAUACCAAUACCUGAAGAGGGCAGCACAUGUACUGCUGAUAGCUGCAGUACAGUGGGGUCUGGAAAUAAGUACACACAAACAGCAUCUGGACCAGAUUCUUUUACAUACACUGUUCUCAACCCUGCUUUUGGGGGUUCAAUGAGAGGAAUGCAGAUUCUGCUUCAAGUCACACCUUUCAGGACAAGUAAAAUCCAGGUUGAUAUAAUUAAAGAUUCUUCCAUAAUGAUGAAGACAAGCAAUGUGAAAGCAUUUUCUAUUAGAAGAUCAGAAAACAGACCUAUUCAGUGGCAAAGUUAUCAGGAGAUUUUGAUAGAUAAUACUGCAGUGAACUUGGCUGGACAGGAAUGUUUGGAACAGAUAUUUAUACUUGAAGAAGAACAAGCUGUAUGGGGACAGCCUUCUUGCUCUACAGAUGCUUUGGGGUCAAAAGUAAGGCUGCCAGAUACCCAGGGUCCAGCCAGGAGAGUAGCAGAGAAACCUUUCCUUAUUGUUACAGGCAGCCAGGCAGGCAAUGAGAUAACACAACAGUUAAGACAGCUGUCAGUAUACCUGGCAAAUCUGUUCUUCUUGACCUCAGAUACUGUGGCCCCUGUGAUUAAGGAUGGAGAUUUAAAAGAAGAACAAGCAGAAAAUUAUAAUUUGAUCAUCAUUGGAAAUCCAGAUGAAAAUAAAUUUACCAAAGAGGCACUCAGUCAUGUUCCAAUUAGAUUAAUAGAAGAUGGUCUAAAGCUUGGGAGAUGUUCUUUCCCUGUAAACCAGACGGGUGCUGUCUUUCUGUCUCCUCACACAGGCAGUCACUUAGCCUUGGUUAUAAUGGGAUUCUCAACUCAAGGUUUACUGGAUGCAAUUAGUUUAGCCACACCAACUAUACCACCUAUGGCAAGAUCACCCUUCUCAAAUUUGGUCCCAGAUUUUGUGUUAACUGGGAAGGAUUAUCAAGCCAAAGGACCAGGUGGUUACCUAUGCACGGGAUUUUGGGGAAACCAGUGGGAGUUCAGGCCAGAGUUAGUGUCCUGCACUUGUUGACUGAUGAUAAGGACCAGGCCUGUAACCAGCAAUUUCAAAAGGGGGAUUCUUUUUCUGAAAAAGUGGACAUUUUACACUGAAA